GGCGGCGGCGGCCGUGGCCCGGCGGCCUGGGACAGAGUCAGAGUCGACGGUGGCAGCGGCGGCAGCGGUGGCUGCCCCGGCGGUGGCGACAGCCGCGGGGACUCGGAGCUGAGAGGAGCUACUGCUCGGACCAGCGCGAAGAAAACCAUAAGUGAAUGACCAGCUGCUGUGAGGAGGGUGAAGGAAAACAAAGCUGGAGACAGAUCACUUAGAAGGUCACUGUGUGAUCCAGGUUAUAUUUCACACUAUGUGCUGACUGUAUUUACAGAAGAUAUUUAAAAAAAAAAAAACUUUUUUCAAAGAUUUUGAUUCCAGUGGAAUCUUUGCUUUAGAUUUUGUGUGUGUGUGAGUAAAUUGUAACUCCAGAACAAUGCCUGUACAAGCUCCACAGUGGACGGAUUUCCUCUCCUGCCCAAUUUGCACUCAGACUUUUGACGAAACAAUUAGAAAGCCCAUCAGUUUGGGUUGUGGCCAUACUGUCUGCAAGAUGUGCCUGAACAAACUCCACCGCAAGGCUUGCCCAUUUGACCAGACCACUAUCAAUACAGACAUUGAACUCCUCCCAGUGAACUCAGCAUUGUUGCAGCUAGUGGGUGCUCAGGUUUCUGAGCAGCAGCCCAUUACUUUGUGUAGUGGGGUUGAAGAUACAAAACAUUAUGAGGAAGCCAAAAAAUGCGUAGAAGAAUUAGCACUGUACCUGAAACCACUCAGCAGUGCUAGAGGAGUGGGUCUGAAUAGUACUACUCAGAGUGUUCUGAGUCGCCCAAUGCAGAGGAAGCUAGUGACGCUGGUCCACUGCCAACUAGUGGAAGAAGAAGGCAGGAUUCGUGCCAUGAGGGCAGCUCGAUCUUUAGGUGAACGGACAGUUACAGAGCUCAUUCUCCAACACCAGAAUCCUCAGCAACUCUCUUCCAAUCUUUGGGCAGCAGUCAGAGCUAGAGGCUGCCAGUUCCUUGGACCAGCAAUGCAGGAGGAAGCCCUAAAGCUGGUUCUCCUGGCCUUAGAAGAUGGUUCUGCUUUGUCUAGAAAAGUAUUGGUUCUCUUUGUGGUGCAAAGAUUGGAGCCACGGUUUCCUCAAGCCUCUAAAACUAGCAUUGGGCAUGUUGUCCAGCUCCUUUAUAGAGCCUCCUGCUUCAAGGUCACCAAACGUGAUGAAGACUCUUCUUUGAUGCAGCUGAAAGAAGAAUUUAGAACCUAUGAAGCUCUGCGGCGAGAACAUGACUCCCAGAUAGUGCAGAUUGCUAUGGAAGCAGGCUUACGAAUUGCACCAGACCAGUGGUCCUCUUUGCUGUAUGGGGACCAGUCUCACAAAUCUCAUAUGCAGUCCAUUAUUGACAAGUUGCAGACCCCAGCCUCUUUUGCACAAAGUGUUCAGGAACUAACAAUUGCUCUCCAGCGGACUGGAGAUCCAGCAAACUUGAAUCGACUAAGACCCCAUUUGGAGCUAUUAGCAAACAUUGACCCUAGUCCAGAUGCUCCUCCUCCUACUUGGGAACAGCUAGAAAAUGGGUUGGUUGCUGUGCGUACAGUGGUACAUGGGCUGGUUGAUUAUAUCCAGAAUCACAGCAAAAAAGGAACAGAUCAACAGCAGCCUCCACAGCAUAGCAAAUAUAAAACAUACAUGUGUCGAGACAUGAAGCAGAGAGGAGGAUGCCCUCGGGGGGCCAGCUGUACAUUUGCACACUCACAGGAGGAACUGGAAAAAUUUCGUAAAAUGAACAAACGCCUGGUUCCUAGAAGACCCCUGAGUGCCUCUUUGGGUCAACUUAAUGAGGUGGGCCUGCCUUCAACAGCUAUCCUUCCGGAAGAAGGGGCAGUGGAUCUGCCUAGCAGAAAAACCCCUGCUCUGCCGAAUGGGAUUGUAUCAGCAGGGAAUGCAGUAACACAACUGAUUCCACGAGGGACAGACCCCAGCUACGAAUCCAGUCUGAAACCAGGAAAGAUCGAUCACUUGAGCAGUAGUGCCCCUGGGUCCCCUCCUGACCUGCUAGAAUCAGUCCCUAAGAGUAUUUCUACCUUGCCUGUUAAUCCGCAUCCUGUACCUCCAAGAGGACCAACAGAGCUGCCCCCUAUGCCUGUCACUAAACCUCUUCAGAUGGUGGCGCGAGGUUCUCAGCUCUAUCCAGCACAGCAGGCUGAUGUUUAUUACCAGGAUCCUCGAGGAGCCGCUCCGCCGUUCGAAUCAGCACCUUAUCAGCAGGGUAUGUACUAUGCUCCACCUCCACAAUGUGUGUCUCGUUUUGUCCGACCUCCACCAUCUGCUCCUGAACCUGGUGCUCCCUACUUGGAUCAUUAUCCGCCAUACCUCCAAGAUCGUGUAGUAAACUCACAGUAUGGCACACAGCCACAACAGUACCCUCCUAUGUACCCACCACACUAUGAUGGCCGUCGAGUAUACCCAGCUCAGUCUUACGCAAGAGAGGAGAUUUUCCGAGAAAGUCCUAUACCCAUUGAGAUUCCACCUGCAGCAGUGCCACCCUAUGUACCAGAACCCAGAGAAAGAUACCAACAAAUGGAAGGUUACUAUCCAGUGGCUCCACACCCAACUCAGAUCAGACCUUCAUACAACAGAGAGCCUCCAUACAGUCGGCUUCCGCCUCCUCCCCAGCCCCAUCCUAGUCUAGAUGAGCUACAUCGAAGACGAAAGGAAAUAAUGGCACAGCUAGAAGAAAGGAAGGUUAUCUCUCCACCUCCUUUUGCACCUUCACCAACAUUGCCUUCUGCCUUCCAUCAAGAGGAAUUUUUGGAUGAAGACUUGAAGGUAGCUGGGAAAUACAAAGGAAAUGAUUAUAGCCAGUAUUCACCCUGGUCAUGUGACACUAUUGGCUCCUACAUUGGAACCAAAGAUGCAAAACCUAAAGAUGUUGUGGCAGCAGGGAGUGUGGAAAUGAUGAAUGUGGAGAGUAAAGGAAUGAGAGACCAGCGAUUGGACCUUCAGAGAAGAGCAGCAGAAACCAGUGAUGAUGAUCUCAUCCCAUUUGGAGACCGACCAACAGUAUCUCGGUUUGGUGCCAUUUCUCGAACUUCCAAAACGAUAUAUCAGGGUGCUGGCCCAAUGCAGGCUAUGGCACCUCAGGGAGCUCCCACAAAAUCUAUUAACAUUUCAGAUUAUGGUCCAUAUGGAACCCAUGGUGGCUGGGGAGGUUCUCCAUAUUCACCUCAUCAAAACAUACCUUCUCAGGGACACUUCAGUGAGAGGGAGAGAAUAUCUAUGUCAGAAGUGGCUAGUCAUGGAAAACCCCUUCCAUCUGCUGAGAGGGAACAGCUACGACUAGAAUUACAGCAGCUAAACCAUCAAAUUAGCCAACAGACCCAGCUACGUGGACUAGAGGCUGUUAGUAACAGACUGGUGUUGCAGAGGGAGGCGAAUACCUUGGCAGGCCAGUCACAGCCCCCACCACCACCACCUCCAAAAUGGCCUGGAAUGAUUUCAAGUGAGCAGUUGAGUUUGGAACUGCACCAGGUGGAAAGGGAAAUUGGGAAGAGAACCCGGGAACUGAGUAUGGAGAACCAGUGUUCUCUGGACAUGAAAAGCAAAUUGAAUACAAGUAAGCAAGCAGAAAAUGGACAACCAGAACCACAAAAUAAGGUUCCAGCUGAGGACCUUACGUUAACAUUCAGUGACGUGCCUAAUGGAUCAGCAUUGACACAAGAGAAUAUCAGCCUCCUGUCCAACAAGACCAGCUGUCUGAACCUGUCAGAGGACCCUGAGGGAGGAGGGGACAAUAAUGACUCCCAGAGAUCAGGAGUUACAUCCAGUUCUACUCCAUAAAAUAUGAGGAGUCCUACCUUUAUCUUCUGCUCCUAACCAAUCUGUGGGGCAUAGGGGUAGGAGAAGAGAUAACUUCUUAACCUUUCUCUGAGGGUGGUCAGAGAAAUCCAGGAAAAGCACCGGAGGCAAUGUGCACAAACACCACUACUAAAAACAAACCCUGCACAUAGUUCAUAUUAAUGCAUUUUUUAAUUUAAAGAAAAAGAAAAUUAGCAGUAUCUGCAAGCAAUUCAGAUUAAAUUUGUUUUUGUUCUGUGAAUGAACUUUAUUUUAAUAACUUUGGACGCCUUGGAUCCAGGGCUUUAAAAAAAAAAAGAAGAUAUUAUAUAUACACUCUGUUUGAUUAAUUGUAUGAUCUUAAUGAAGUAGGUUUUUCUUGUAUUUUGGUAUUAUUACAUACCCAGUGUAUAAUUCCAUAUCCCCAAUCCUUUCCAGCUCUCACAACCCCAUAAAUUACCACAGACUAAAAGCCCCAGCCAUUCUGAGAAUUCUGUGGUGCUUGAGAAUUAGUAAUAGACUAGUUAUUAGAAAAUGUGCAGCAAAGCAACUUUUCCAAGAGCCAUUAUUUGGAAGCCACACUUUGCUUUCUUUCUGGGUCACAAGCUUCAUGUGUAGGGAGGUUUUUCAUAUGGCAUUAGAACUUUUUGUUGUUGCUCAGGAGGGCUUUAUGUCUUUUUUUUUUUUUUUUUUUUGUUUAUGUCAGCUUUUCAGAGAAAUAAUUACCAAUUAAUUUUUGAAGACCUCACUUUCAUAUCAUGAACCGCUUUCAUUUUCUUAAUGUAAUCAGAAAUCCAAGUCAAUUUUAGAGUGCUUGAUUAGAUUUAAAUGGAAAUUAUUUUAAGGAUGAACUAUAAUUUAUUAGCACUGAAAAUACAUAUUUAGUUUAUUACCUAUAUUGAGCUAAUGACUGGAAAUUCAGAGCAAUCCUUUUCCAAGUUGAACUUCUGAAAUCAUAGAAUAUUCAAAAACCAGGACAAUCCACCAUGUUUUAAAACUGCUCAACGCUUGAUUGAACUUAAAAUGAGCAGAGCCACAUUAUUUCAAUGAAUGUUUUGUUUUACUCUCAAAAACCAAAAGUACAAAAUUCCUAUAUACUGGAGCCCCUGGCUUUCAAGGAGAUUUGGCAAAUGAGAACUGCCUGAAUCUUAAGGAUAGUUUACAAAUUGAUCAGUAGUUGCCUUUUGGAAUCAUUAGCACAAGUAGGUAGGUAGUAAGUACCUAAAAGUCAAUUUUUGUAGUCUUGGCUUCACUAUACUGAAAAGGCUCUUCAUGAAAAUGUUGAAGAGAAUAAAAUAAUUUUUCUCAUUUAGUUCUGCUGCACAUAUUCUGAUGCCACAUGUCUAUACUGAACUAAGACCAUAUAAAAUGUGUUUAGUGGGGAUUAUUUGACAUAGUCACCCACCGUAUCCCUAUGUUUGCCUGAUUUUCUAGAAAUGUCCCUUUCUGGAUUAUACUAAAACAGAAAGCACUGGUUAUGUAAUAAGUUACUGCAUUGCUUUGGUUGGGUAAAAGCAAGAGUUUGUAUUUUUCUUGUUUCUUAUUUUCUUAACCCGUAACUCCUGCUGAGGUCAUAACCACCUCAGUCUAAGCUCUGUGUCUAUCGUACUAUUAAAUGAAACAAAUGGGGGGUAAGGGAGGGGGGAGGGUAAUACAGUCCUGCCAUUGCCUACCAGUAGGAGAGUCCAAACAGAACACUCUUUUGAGUAGCAAUUAUUUAAUUUGCCCAGUCAAGGCACCGUGUUUAUAUACUAUUUCACAUUGAAUUUGAUUAUGCCCUACAGACCUGGCUGGUCAAGGAUUUGAUAUACACAUAUUGGCUUGGGAUUCGAGCUUUCUUUUUUAUUUAAAUAAAAAUUUAUAUAUAUAUAUUAUAUAUAUACAUAUAUACAUAGCUAUAUCUGUAUAUAUAUUGGGUAUGUUUUAUGGAUUUUUUCGCAUGAGCGCAGCUGUUGCGAUAAAAUGACUGAUUGGGAGGUAGAAGCACUGAAAUGAAGAUGAGGCAUUUUAUCAGUUGAUAUCCAUAUUUUCCUAUUUUUUAAAAAUACAUUUGCUUUUUUGCCUUUUUUCUUUUGUUUUAUUUUGCUUAAAACCCUCUUACAUUUACUGUUUAAGUACUUAUUGUUUUGGGGAGGAGAAGGAGAGAAAUUUUAUGUCUGACAGAGUCCUGAGAUUUUUAAUUUCUCUCUCUAACCAUAAAAGGCAACAUUCUUGGCCUCUAACCUUCUGUAGGCAGAUUUGGGCAGAUCUUAUUUCUCCUUUGGACAUGUUAGAUAAUUCCUGAAUUUUAGGAGCAGUUGGUUCAGUUUGGAAUUCAGAAUGAUUCUGGUAUUAAAAAGAAAUUUAUGGGUGUUGAUUUUGUUGAAAUAUGGAGUAAAAGUAAAAUUCCAUUUUGGGUAUCUGUUGAAACUCCUAAUAACUCAACUUCUGUUGUUCUUGUUUAUUUCCUUCAAAUACACUCAUUCUUUCACCAUUUUGAUUUUGUAAGCUAGGUAGAAAGAGAGAUUAAUUUAUGUUUUCCUAUUCUGAGUAAAACCAGAAAAGCCACUGUUUGGAACUGACUUAAAAUAGUCUCUCUUUUUAAGGUAUUUUCAUGGAGUGAGGAUGCGGAUCUCUUAAAUUAUAGCCUUAAUUCUAGCUAUACCUCUCUAAUACCCCACCCUUUAGAGGAAAUCUGGGUGGGUAGAAGAGCAAGAGGAAGGUUUACUGUCCCACUGUGCCUGUAACUCACCUAUUUAAGAUUAGUUAUUUUGCCUUACCUCGGAAAUUCUUACAACUUUUCCAGUGCUCAUAAGCAGUUUUAGGAAUUCAAUAAAACCUCCAAAAAUUUUGUUUUUCUCUUACUUUGUUUUCCUUUUCCCUGUGAUAUUUUUUGUCAUAUGAUGAGCCUAUAGUGGUAAAUGGCCUUUUUGGCAAAACUGUUUGACUUUUUAACUGCUUUUUUCUUAAAAUCUGUGAAAGAUACUGACUUUUCUGGCUUCUUAGAUUUAUUCCCAGAGACAGUUAAAACGAUGAAGCCAGUCGGAUAGGAAAUUCCAUCUUUAGGCUUUUUGCUUAUUCAAAUGUUAAUUUCUUCUGAAUUAUAAGGCAAUACUCAGACAUCUGAUGAAAAUGAACACUUUUGAAGGGUUAAGGUAGGAGUAGUAAGCAUUGCUUUCAGUUCUGUUUGGAUAACACCAUAAUUUUAUUAUAACCAGAGAAUAAAAGUACUUUGACCUUUUCUUUAUUCAGUGGGUCUUAGGAAAAGGGUAGAAGAACUGAGAAUAAGAUAUCUAGACUCAAUUUUCUGACCUAUAUGUAGUUUUUUCUCCUUGCUUAUAGAUACUGUCAUAAGUUCAAUAGCUGCCAUGUCUUGGGUAAUUUACAGAGGCUGAUGUGACCAAAGAUCCAUUCCUUGUUACUUUUCUAAUCAAAAGAAAAAUUAGUUAUAGGUUUCUAGUAAUAUUCAAAUAGUAAGACACUAUUUUUAAUACCAGCUACAACAUACUUAACUACUCAAAGUAUAAAGAUAUAUUUCAUACAGCAUUAAUAUGGCUAAUUUCCUUUUCCCAUUUUAUUUCCCUUUCCUUCUCCUAGUCUUUCCCUUUUUUUUUUUUUUUUUUCGGUCUGAAAGACCUAAAAUUGGUAUGAUUCUCAUUUGCUAUCUUGAAUAUGUAACUCCAUCAGAUUUUCCAUAGGUCUUCAAAGUUGGAGCUCAAAGUUUGCUUUUGUUUUUCUUUUUUCUCUGGCCCUUCUCUAUCUUGCAAAUUCCCCUUGAUUUACCCACUGCCCUCCCCAAUCUGCAACAGUGACAGUUUGCUGCCUCAAAACAGAGCAUUCAAAUGAAUUCGCUUAGCCAAUAACUUCUGUGAAGUUGCCUUUUCUAAUGGUGUUAUUACUCAGUGAUGCACAAAUGUGGUAUUUGCCCUACUGGUAGGCAAAACAAAGGUCUGGUUAGGAAUGGUAACCUGCUGUUUUCUUUAAAGGAGAGCCAAAGACUUGUGCUUUACUCUGUUUUGGUUUGGGAGGAAAUAGUAGCCAUUUUGAUUGUGAAACCUCUUAGUAUUCAUGAGUUGAUUAUACUGUGUAAGGAGAUAUGUCUAAAGUUGACUCUCAAAGUUAGCUGGCCUUAUGAAAUAUAAAAGUAAUGAAAAUCCAUCAGUUUUUCUAAAACCAUGAAUGUCAUCUUUACAGUAUUGUGUGUAAGCAGUUCCUCCCCCCAUAUACUGAGAUUGUCUUGUCAUGAUAGCUUGUUAUAUUUUUGUUAUUUUACUUGUGCCUAUAAGACAAUCUGCUGUCAGUAUGAUCAAGUCUUGGGACUGAGUAAAAGAAUCCAUGAACAUGUGAUUGGUGAAAAAUAAUUAACUGUAGUUCGUACCUGUUAGAUUAUAUUCAGAUUCAGAGAAAAAGAGAUUCUUUUCACUAAAGAUAGAGAGUACUCGGUUGCUAUUGCUUAUAUAUAAAUGGUGAUAGAUGGAGAUUUAACCAUCUCUUUUCUGCUUUCUUAUUGCUCAUUUUAAAGAGUUGAGUAAAGGUUUCAUGUAUAAACUGUGUCUGUGAAAAGCACUUGUAAUGUUUUAUAUGUCAUUAAAAGGCCCAGUUACUUUUUAGGGGAAAUUAAGAACCUGUCUGGAAAUUAACUGCAGUGUUUACUUAGAUUUUUACCCAGAAGUCCAAUUGUGUUUUGUUGUUAUUGAUGAUAGAUGAUUAUUGUGUUUGCAAGGUGAUAUCUUCCAUGAAAAAUCUGCCUAUCCUUUUAGGUAAAAAUUAGGGCUUCUAAACUAAAGCAUAUUUUACGUUCUACAUUAGGGAUUGAAAAAGUAAGCAGUCUACUGCUGUCAUUAUUCUACCUGACUGUGCAUUUUGCUGGCCUAUAUGCACACUUUUCUGCCUUGGACAACUAUGGUUUUUAUAUUUAUUUGUGGCUUCAACUCAGCUUUAUGAAAAUUUCCUGCUGAAAUGACUUAUUGGGAAUUACAGGUGGAUUGCAGUUAAUAUAUUUUUUUAAAUUCUUAUUUCAAUUUUCCUGAGCCACUUGGAAAAAGAAAGAUGUUUUUGUCAAAAGACACUAUUAAUUAUAGUAAAUGCCAGCUUACAAUUUGAUUCUUAAGAUUUUCUUUGCUAAAGAUGUUUUCACAUGUUUUAGAUUCUAACUGAUAGUAACACUAGCAGCAAGUUUACUUUAUAAAAAAACUGCCACCACCAAGAAGUAACACCUUUUAAUAAUAAAUAUGUUCCCAAUGGGUGAGUUUUCAAUACUGCACUGAACAAAGUGGGUAAAGAUCCCUUUGAAAUCCUGUUGUGAUAAAGGGACUAACCUCACCACUGGAAUUACAGAGCUUGUGAGUUUUCAACCAAACACUGAACUUCCCCUCAACUUUAUUCCUGAGCAGAACAUCCCGAGAUUAAUAACUUUUAUUUUCAAAAGAAAAUAAGGCACAAUAACCCAAGAGAGAGAGAAUUUAAAAUAAGCCUCACGACAAAAUAUUGUGUCCAAAAUAUGUAUUUAGAAAAAUAAAAUCCUGUGGAGUUUGUUAUCCUAAUGUAUGUUAUAUACUAGAUAAGGUGAUUUAUUUUCUUGUAUUGAGGUCUCAUUGUUUCUAGUUGGGGUUUUUUGUGUGGUUUUUUCUUUUUUUUUUUUUUUGGUUUUGUUUUGUUUUUAAUUUAAACUCUUAAGUAGACAGAGCUCACAAGUCUUUGGCAUCCAUUCUAGGUUGUACACUCAAGAGUCAUCUUAUAACUGGAAACUGUCAGGUGGCCCCCUACUCCAACUCCAGCUGAUGUAUGAAAGGAUCAAGAAAAGAAUGGAAGCAAACUAUUGGGUGGAUAAUCGGUAGCCUUUUUUUUUUUUUUUUUUUUAAAGAAAUCACCAUUUAUUAGCGUAAUCUUUCUCCACUAAUUGACUGCCAUUCUCACAGAAAUAUCUGAGCCACCCUGUAAAAUGUUCCUCUGAUUUCAAGGCAUUGUAAGUUUUUGCUUAUCAUGUUUACAUCCUCUGUUCAUACUAAGACACUGUUCUGAGAGCUACUUUUUCCAAGUGUAUUGUUGCCUAAAUUUCCUUUAUUUCUUCUUUAUCCUUUCUCUCCUUCCUACAUUCUGGGAAUGAAAGGAACUUAGAAGAAAAAAGUUGAUUUCCCCCCACCCCCGCCCCACCAUUGAUCCAUAGGCUUCAUUAUUUUACUUUAUAAUAAAUCUAUGACUUUUUAGAACAACAGAAAUGGAAAAAAUGAAUUAAGAUAAUGAACAAAACCUUUCACCCACUUAAACAUUUUCCAGUUGUGAGAUUCCUCUUCUUGUGUGUGGUCUCUUCCCCUGGUUACCCCUCUUCCCCUUUUCCCUUGACUAUAGUCAGUUUGGUCGUUAGGCUCAUACCAGUCUCCCCGAGACAUUCUGCAGUCAUUAUCACCUUUUUGGGUGGAUUUUAUUUUGUUUUAUUUUGUUUUUUUUUUUUAAUAACUUUUUAAUAUUGAUGCAUAUUUGCUUGGGAUAGAGCUUGUGUAAUUUUCCAAUCGUAUUGAUUGUAUGUGAUUGUGCCCUGCAGAGGUAUAUUUAACAAGACAAAAAUAAUGUAGGUUAAUAAAGGAGCCCAUGAUAUUUGAGUCAGGUUAUAAAUGACCAUGAAAUCAUUUACAGUUUGAACAGUGAAAAUGUAUGUCUCCUUUAAUUAAAUUCUUAAAUUAGUGCUAGACAGAAUAUCAUUUUUAAAAGUUUUUGUGCAUUUCUGUUAUUUUCCUCUUACCUUAGCUCCCUGUUCUUCUUUCUCGCCUGCCUCACCCACCUGUUAAGAAUUAAAAAUAUUGAGCCUUAAAGGGACAGCUCGUUUUUAAAUUGCUAAAGUGUGAAAUUUCACUUUUUCCAAGUGUUUCCAACUUUUCUUUAAAAAGUGAAGACAGAUAAUGAGUUGGAAUUUCACAAGCUGUGAAAUUAGCAUCUGGCAAGCUGUGAAAUCUUAUUAUUUGAAGAUGUUAUCUCCUAGAAGUUCUUUGGGAAUAGGAAAGAAGAACCCUGUGUUUGAAGUAGACCAUUUUUCUCUCUUUAAAAAUCUGUUUAUAUGUUCAGUUUUUAAAUGGCCUUUAAAAAAAAGUGAGGUGGGGAAAAGUAGUAAUAGAAAGAUGUUUAGGACAGCUAAAUGCUGGGUCUGAGUAAGUAUAUAGUCGGGUUUUGAGAGGAUGAGGCCAUCUUGUUCAACCUGUGUGCAUGCUGUUUAUAUCAAAGUUGCCACUUUUGUUAAAAUGGUGUUAUUUUCUUUAUUAUCUUGGAAACUGACUCAGCCUCAUGUUGCUCCAAAUUAGUGUUUAAGGCUCCCACAAGUUGCAGAUAAAAGGAUUAUUUUAACAAGUAGAAGGAGGUGAUUCGCCUUUUGGUUUGUAAAUAUAUGAAAGUGUCUACAAGGUCUUUAUCUGCUUUCUGUCAGCAUUUAUAUUAAAUGAUAAAUUAAUGAGGA